AUGCAUUACAGCACCCUCAUCUCCUCCACCCUUCUGGCCACCGCCGCCGCAACCGCCAUCCCAGGCCUCACCCGCCGCGACCCCCUUACCAAACGCGCAGAAAAGACCUGGGACCCGAACGGCAACCUCAAACUGACUUUCUCCUCUGAAACCGUCAAGAUCGGCAGCCUCUCCAUCGACGACAUCAUCGCCAAAAUCUACGAAGUCUGCCACGAAACCGGCCAAUGCGAAACCAGCACAAUCGACAUGAAAUCCAUGCUCCUCUCCAGCGAAACAGCAACAGCCCUAAAAGUCUCAAUCGACCCAGCCGGCUCCUACCCAACCUGGAUCCGCAACGGCCUCGUCGACGCCCUAGCCGCGGCCACAAAAGCCGUAGCAAAGUGCACACAAGGCACGCAUACAAACACCUGCGCCGGAUCGACGGCCAUGGCGUACUGCCCGCGUCGCAAGACAAAGUAUACGAAUUGCGAGGUGCCCAAGUAUUGGGGCGUCAACUUUCAGGAUCCAAAGGAGGCGAAUGCUGCACCGCCUUCCAUGGGCUUGGAUGUUGCGGUGGAGGAGGCUGGGGAUGCGGCUGCGUGUGAGGAUGCGAUGGCUGGGUUGGGGGCUGUGGCCGGUGCGGUGCAUGGUGUUGGCGGUGGCAUCUUUACGCUUUUGACGUUUGCUUGCACUUAG